AUGUCUAGCGCCAACUACUUUGACGAAGACUUUGUUCCUGGAACAAGCAACAUAUACGUAUCGAAAGAGACAAGUUCUGUCGAUUCAAACUCAACCAGAAAGAUCAAAAGAAGCAAGAAUGGAGUUGUCUUACUUCCCCAGCCAUCUGAUUCGCCCAAUGAUCCUUUAAAUUGGUCUUUUUCCAGAAAAACCUGGCAUUUUGCUGUGCUUUCAUUCAUCACGGCGCUCACAGCUGCCACCUCUAACGAUGCUGGUGCCGCUCAGGAGUCACUCAAUUCUUUCUAUGGCAUCACUUAUGACGCAAUGAAUACCGGAGCCGGUGUGUUGUUUCUUUUCAUUGGUUGGUCUUGUAUUUUCUUUGCCCCCGCCUCAUCAUUGUACGGGCGUCGGAUCACGUACAUCAUCUGUUUAUUGGCUGGCUGUUUAGGCUCCGUUUGGUUUGCAUUGUCUAAGAAAACCGCCGACACGAUCUGGUCCCAAGCAUUCGUGGGAAUGUCGGAGGCAUGUGCAGAAGCACAGGUUCAACAGUCGCUUUCAGACAUCUUUUUCCAGCACCAGUUAGGAUCUGUCUUGACGGUUUACAUUCUUGCAACUUCCGUGGGAACAUUCCUCGGUCCACUUAUCGCUCACUUGAUUGCUCAAUCACAGACUUUUAGAUGGGUCGGUUGGUGGGGUGCCAUCAUAUCCGCCGCAGCACUUCUUGUGGUGAUAUUUGGCUGCGAGGAAACCGUCUUCGACAGGUCAAAGUACUUUCCAGUUUAUGAAGCCUCUAGCACCGACGACAAAGAUUUGGUUCUUGAUGAUGAAAAGGGCGAGAAACACCCCUCCAUCUCAAACGCAAACUACCCACCACGAUGGUGGAAAGGGCCCAAUGUUGAAUCCUGA